AUGUCUGGCGAGAAAUCCGAAUUAAAGCUUUGGGGUGGUAGAUUCACUGGGAAAACAGACCCAUUGAUGGACUGGUAUAAUGCGUCGCUGCCCUUUGAUCAGAAAAUGUACAACGCUGAUUUGGACAAUUCCAAAUACUAUACAGAGGGUCUCCUCAAAGCCGGGCUUUUAAGCCAAGAUGAGCUAAGUGAGAUUCACAGGGGUUUGGAGGUUAUUCGUGGAGAAUGGGCCUCUGGCUCUUUUGUUGAAAAGGAUGGCGACGAAGAUAUCCACACUGCUAAUGAGAGAAGGCUGGGCGAAAUUAUCGGCAGGCACAUUGCUGGAAAAGUGCACACUGGUAGAUCUAGAAACGACCAAGUGGCCACCGACAUGAGAAUUUAUUGUCGUGAGGCUCUCGAGGACAUGGGCAAAAUUCUGUGCGACCUGAUCAGAGCCAUUUUGCAAAGAGCCGAGACCGAAAUCGACGUCCUGAUGCCCGGCUACACCCACUUGCAGAGAGCUCAACCUAUCAGAUGGUCUCAUUGGCUAAAUUUGUACGCGAGCUACUUCACUGAGGACUUCAAAAGACUGCAGCAGAUCAAGGAAAGACUCAACUUGUCUCCAUUGGGAUGUGGCGCCCUCGCUGGCCAUCCUUACGGAAUCGACAGAGAGUACAUUGCUGGCAAACUGGGCUUUGACGGUUGCAUUGGCAAUUCGUUGCAGGCCGUGUCCGACAGGGACUUCGUGGUUGAAAUACUAUUCUGGUGUUCCCUCUUCAUGAACCACGUUUCCAGAUUCAGUGAAGACUUGAUCAUCUACUCGACCGCUGAGUUCGGAUUUGUCAAGCUCUCGGACGCUUACAGCACAGGCUCGUCUUUGAUGCCUCAGAAGAAGAACCCAGACUCUUUGGAACUUCUGCGUGGUAAGUCUGGAAGAGUCUUUGGCUCGUUGUCCGGUUUCAUGAUGUCCUUGAAAUCCAUUCCUUCCACUUACAACAAAGACAUGCAAGAGGACAAAGAACCUCUAUUCGAUGCUCUUGUCACCGUGGAGCACUCCAUUCUCAUUGCCACAGGUGUUAUCUCCACUCUAGCUAUUAACAAGGAAAAGAUGUUCAACGCACUCACAAUGGACAUGUUGGCAACCGAUUUGGCUGACUACUUGGUCAGAAAGGGCGUUCCUUUCAGAGAGACUCACCAUAUCUCCGGUGAGGCUGUAAGCAAGGCAGAGAAGCUAAACUUGUCGGGUAUUGAUAAGUUGACUGUCGAACAGUAUAAAGAAAUCGACUCCAGAUUCAACAGCGACGUUGUUGAUGUUUUCGACUUUGAAGCUUCUGUUGAGAGAAGAACCGCUACUGGGGGUACCGCUAAAAGCGCUGUUUUGAAACAGAUCGAAACUCUCAAAAAGCAGAUUCUUAAGAUCUGA